UGUUUGUGCUGUCUCUUCAAAGCCUGGGGAUAGGGUUAAUCUGUUGUUUGGAAAUUUUAUUUGUCUAUGUGUUGGUUUUGUUGUUUGGAAAGGAUCUUGGGUCUUCUUUUAUUUUGGUGGUUCUCGUCCCUUGGGAGUGGAAUGUCGUUAUGAAGAUCGAGACCAACAGACACUCCUACCAUGGGAACAAUGUUAUCCCCAAGUUGCUUAUUCCUACAAUUUCACAAAGAAUUUUGGAAUUUACGGUUUUCCCGAGCCAACUAAAGAUCUCUCCCCCUUCUCGCAGAAAAAGAGUGGCAGGAGCCGUGGUGGUGGACAUCAUCGCUGGCAUCAUAGCCUUGGUGUCUGCCAUCACCUCUGCAGUGGCAUUAACAGGAACUUUACAGAAUGCAGCCACCAUCAAUGAUCUUCAGAACACUACAACUACGGCUCUGCGAACCCAACAAUGCAUUAACCCUCACAUUGGAACUGGUCUGGCCAUACUUCAGCAACAAAUGGACUUAUUACAUGAGGAAGUUGAAGGAUUAUGGUUGCACACCCGUUUGGACUGUGAUCCUAGAUUUCAACAACUCUGCCUUACUCCCUUUCCUGUCAAAAACCAUUCUGAGGAAGUUAGACGGCUCUCGUCAUUAUUGCGAGGGUCUUGGAAUCGGACAUUUCUGAAUGCAACUAAUCGGUUGUCUUUGGACAUUGAGGUCUUAUCUGGUGUUCAUGCUAAUCCUAUUCGGCUUGAUUUCGAUUUUCUUACAGAAAUUUGGGAAAAUUUGAAAAAGAUGUUUUCACCUUCUUGGAUUGUCAUAUGGCUCAUUGCUAUUGCUGUUAUGAUUGGGUUAUGUAUUUUGGGUUACUGCAUGUACCGAUAUUGGAUGUGUUCCCAGUUUAAAUAUGAGCGUUUGGCUAUGGCUGUACAGGCUUCUUUGGAUGAUGAUACAACACGUGUGGCCAUUUAUUUGGCUCAGGCUCGACGUGCCUAAAUUCCCCGCCUUGGGAUACUCAGUGAUGGGUAAGGACGGACGCUUCUGUCUACCAACCUAAGACAGGUUGUAUUGGGACAUAAGCCCUGCGACUGAUGAUGGGUAAGGAGAUAGAAGACUUCUGCCACCUAAGACAGAGGUUCUUUGGCUGAUGUAUGAUGACCAACUAGCGUUCUUCAUGCCAUCACAGAGCUAUGGGGAAUUAGGGAAUUAUGAUGAAUUAUUACGUUGAGCCUGCCUGGACAUGGGACACAGUUAGAGUUGAACCUGGAACCACUUUGCUGGUACCCCUGAUGCUCUAUCAUUUACUAAGACAAAUGGGGGAAAUAUGGGAAGCCAUGAUGAGUCAGCUAAUUGCCUAGGCGCAGCCAUGUUGCUGUGAUCUGACCUUGUGAAGAUGUUUGUGCUUUGACCUUGUGAAGUUUCGUUUCUCUUCCAGAAGUCUGUUUCUGGUAAAUCACAUGAGCUAAUAUUCUGCUGUAUGUCCAUAUAUGGUAAAGAAUUGCUCCACUUCUGUUGUUUAUUCUGCUAAGAAAUAUAUAGUAGGCUGUCUCAAUAAAGCUUUCAGCUUUGGUGCUGCCCACACCUCUGCUCGUAAAUUGUGUGCCUGUUUUCUGACCGUGUGCUCUCAGGUUUGGGGGCUUGCUGGCAGGUCCCUGACGUCAUGGCUCGCGACAACCAUGGCUGGAACUAACCACAUAGAGAAGGGUGGGCCUGGUUCUUCCUGCCUUGGGGUCUAGCACAGGUUAAAUAAGAAUGAUUAUGUGCUCCAUAAGAAGCAGACCGGAUUUCUUAGACAAUAGAUGGUUCUAUGUGUGGGAAGCCAGCCAUGGCCCACUGGCUUUUUG